UAAAAAGAAGGUUAAACAGUCAAACGAAACAAUAUCAUGGCCCCACCUUACGACUGUGGGCUCUACACUUGUGCCUGGUAGUCCCUCAGAGCACUUCCACUCACUCACUUUUCUUCAUGCCAUCACAAUAAUGAGAUUUCCGCACAGCCCCUGAAGGCGCUAGGAUCCAUCCAUUCAGCGCGCGCUGCAGCCGUGUAGUAAAAGCCAUGUAAAAAUGGCGGAGCUGCAGAUGCUGCUGGAGGAGGAAAUUCCUGCGGGACGAAGAGCGUUGUUGGACAGUUUUACCAACCUGGAAAGAGUCGCGGAGUACUGCGAAAGCAACUAUGUCCAGUCUGCAGACAAGGAGCGGGCGCUGGAGGAAACAAAGAGCUACACCACACAGUCUCUGGCCAGCGUCGCCUACCUCAUCAACACGCUGGCCAACAAUGUGCUGCAGAUGCUGGACAUCCAGGCCUCACAACUCCGCCGCAUGGAGAGCUCCGUCAACCACAUUUCACAGACCGUUGACAUUCACAAGGAGAAGGUAGCGAGGCGGGAGAUCGGCAUCCUGACCACCAAUAAAAACACGUCUCGCGCUCAUAAAAUUGUAGCUCCAGCCAAUCCAGAGAGGCCAGUGCGCUACAUCAGGAAGCCCAUCGACUACAGCGUCCUGGAUGACAUUGGCCAUGGAGUCAAGUGGUUGCUGAGGUUCAAGGUGAAUGGUCAGCCGAACAUGAAACUUGGAGCGGGUCUGUCUCGGUCCAACCCUCCCACACAAAAACCGCCCAGCCCUCCAAGGGCAGGCAAGGGCAUCUUGGGGAAGAACUCCCCCUACAGGACACUGGAGCCUGUGCGCCCCCCUGUUGUACCCAAUGAUUAUGUCUCCAGCCCUACCAGAAACAAUAUGGCAGGGGGACAGCUUCCAAGUCCGGCCCGCACCGCUACCCUCAACCAUCGACCCCGAACAUACAGUGGUAGCAGUGGAGGCAGCCAUCCCAGCAGCAGCAGUCGGAGCAGCAGUAGAGAGAACAGCGGCAGCGGCAGCGUGGGCAUUCCCAUUGCUGUGCCCACACCCUCCCCACCCUCCACAUUCCCGGUUUCCCCGACUGCCGGACCUGCUAGCUCAUCCUCUACCGCCCCUAACUCUUCCCCUUCCCCGUCCCCAACUCCUUCCUCUUUCUCCUCCUCCUCCUCCACCACAACCUUAACACAACCCAACGCACCUCUGCCGCCGAGCUCACCUUCUCAACAUGCCAACUCACCUUCCCAAGCAAACUCUCAAGCGAAUGCGCCAAACGCCGGCACCUCCCCCCCCUCUAAAUCUUCCACAAGCACAUCCGAAGUCCAAUCGGAGCUGCUUCCCCCUGCCCCUCCCCCUCCACUUUCCUCCUCCUCCUCUUCUUCAUCACCCACUGAAGGCCCUAUCGUCCCUCAGUUCUACAGUAUGAACCGGCCUCAGCCUCGACAGCAAACCCCACAGGUGGGGGGGUCACUGCCUUACCGCCGCCCCCCAUCGGUGACUGGUCAGCCAAUUACAACCCAGAAUCAGGUCAAUGGCGGUCCCUACUACAACCAGAGCCCAGCCUCUCCCCCGCCCCCCUCCCUGCUCCAGUUCACCCCUCAGCUUCCUCUGAUGGGGUUUGUAGCUCGAGUUCAGGAGUCCAUUUCAGACGCCCCCCCUCCCUCGCAGCCUGCCACUGAGAACCAAGUAGCGCACGAGGAGGCCCUGCCCACUCCUCAGCCAGCUGAGGAUGGGCAUGAAGAGGAGGACUCAGCAGUAGUGGAGUAUAACGACCCGUAUGCUGAAGAAGACCCACCGUGGGCCCCCAGGAACUACUUAGAGAAAGUGGUGGCCAUCUACGACUACACGGCCGACAAGGAGGACGAGCUGUCGUUCCAAGAAGGAGCGAUCAUAUACGUCAUCAAGAAGAACGAGGACGGGUGGUUUGAAGGAGUGAUGAACUCGACCACCGGUCUCUUCCCUGGAAACUACGUAGAGUCCAUCAUGCACUACGCUGACUGAGCCAAACGUGUCUGUAAUCACAGCUGCGGUCAAGAACUAGAAGGGAAAAUGUGACCCUGUUCCAUGUUGCCAUUUGUCUCCUUAAAUUCACACUAAUUGGUCACAAGAAAGUCAGAGCUUGUGAAAACAAAACGACCACUUAAUCAAUAACAGGCUUUACCUUAGUGCUUUAGGACUAAGAGGGGUUUCAGGUGUGAGAUAUUCAUUUAAAAACACCUGAGACCUGUCUACCUGCAAGUAAAAAGUCAGUAAAGUUCUUUGGGUAUCUUCUUUUCAACCCCGUGUAAUUCAAAGAAAUUAUGAAAUGCGGUGCUUUCCAGCCACACAACAGCUCUGUUUCUCUGAAGAAUGACUACACACAUUUUAGAAAAGAACGUUUAAGUGGGACCUGAUGGUACAGGUGUUGCCACACAUUCAGGGUGUGUCUCGGUCAUACAAAUGUGUGUAUGCUGCAGAAGUGAUAAUUGUCCUAAUAAUCUAAGUCCUACUAAUCAAAAGAAAUGACUGCACCCAGAAGAUCAAGACAUGAGUAGGACACAUUUGAUUUUGUUUUUUUUAAUCACAAGAAAUUGAUUUUAAGAUGUUGACAUAAGAAAUUUGUUCUCUUGCAACACAUGUUGUGCAGAACUUUUUUCCAUUUCUCAUACAGAUGUGAAACCAUUUAGUAUGUAAGUGUGGUUAAAUGUUAUAAAUCAUAGACAUGAUCACAGCAGAGUGAUUCUUAUAAUAGUAGAGCUGAAAAUCUAGACAUAAGCCAGUGAUGUUGAUUCAAAUGGACACUGUAGUGUGGAACUGUUAAAAGCUAAUCCUGCGUGACUUUUAAUGGUGCCAAUCUCCAAAAACAAAAAAAAAAACAAUCCUAAGAGCCUUAUGAGGUGAAAGAAGGAGUUCUCUGAGGGAGGAGUCUUGGGGAUAAACUUGAGAUGAAGGAAACGAUAAAAGAAAACACUACAGGUCAGAAAGGUUUUUAUGUUAAACAAAGCGAACAGCACAAAGAUCUUCAGUGACACUAAACUCAGUGAAGUUGUGUGAGUGACCUUUUUGCAAGUUGAUUGGAUGCCAUCCUGCUCUCUUCAUGGACAGUAUUCAGUGAAAACUGAGCUUCUGUCCUCAUAGAAAGUUCCUUUAACAUCACACCACAUCCUGCUGUGAUGUGACGUCUGCAAGUGGAACUGUGUGUUUUCCGGUAGCUGAAGUUUUCUUGUUAGUUCUGUGUUGAAUGAAGCUGCAAAGGCAGUUCUGGCUGAUAUAAAUGUAUGUGUGUAACUAAACUAACAUUUUAUCUAAUCCACAAGAGAUCUGAUCAAUCGCCAAGGUCAGACCAGACAGCAGAACUAAGCUCUCCUGUGUCCGACCUCAUCGUGGGUUUGUUGUCGUGUAGUAAAGUGGACCUGAUCUAAUCGCCAGGAGGAGAUUCUGGAGCUGUUAUCAGUUUUGUUUUGGUUUUUUUUGUUUGUUGUUGUUUAAGUUUACAGUGUGUUUGCUUGCAUGCCUGAUAUAUAAUAGACAUUUUUAUUCGCCAUAUUCUGUUUUUUCUUUUUUCUUUUCCUGUAGUUUCACCAGCUUGCUUUAUGAUGUCUGUUUGACCAGCUGGAGGUUGUGAUGUUUCUGUGCAGUUUUUGCUUGUAAUAGCCCUUUAACUGAAGCCCUGUGUGCUUGGACGUAAGACCGACUCUCAGAAAAAGGUGGAUAUUUUUGUGCCAUAUGUGUGUGUGAAGAGUUGUGUGCACGUGUGUGUGAGAACCAGUAAGAACCAAAUGUUCCCUUGUUGACUGAAGUGACUUUGGACUUGAAAACAGUGUGUCCUUAAUGUACAGUGUAACUUAAGAGGUGUUUUACGACAGAAACCAGAGUAUGCCAAAUUAAAUAACAAAUAAGAUGAGAAACAGUUUUCCCCUAUAGAUGUUUGAGUUGAAGGAAAAAACGUUUUUUUUCUUGAUGCUCUUAAGAUAAAGAUUCUCUCUUGUGUAGCUGCAAAUAAUUAUUUUAAUACCUAUAUACCAAGCUGACAUUUUCAGAUAACAAUAAUUGUAUUUAUUCAUAUAUCCAUGUACUUUCAAGUUUGAGUGCAAAGUGUUGUCCAAAUUAAAAUGAAUACAAAUCAUCAGAAAUUUACACACUUCUCUGUAGGAGCACAAAAAGAACAGAAGGUGUAGUGUGAAGCAGCACACAACCCUCUUUGAAAAGGUAAAAAAUAAAUAAAUCUAGUGUAAGUUCAUAUGUGAACACAACGGUCGCCAGCCUUCAGACAGAAUGUCUUUAAUGUAGACAGCAAAUCGUUUGAGCUGCUGCAAACUUUGGCUCACUCUGGUUUUUGUUUAGCCUGCAAUAUCCCUUUAAAGUGUGGACUAAAAAAUGAGAUGAACUGUGAGAUGUUAUGGACAGCUUCUCCAAGGCCUUUAAAAAAAGAAAGAAAAGAAAAUCAAGAAUCUGUUUCAUUGCCCUCAGUGCAGACAUUGACCUCUAAACAGGACAAGUCUGGGUUGAGAUUCACAAAAUAUUUUAAGAGUAACCCCCAGUGCCCCCCCUGGCAAGACUCUCCUAUGAUAGUAAUAAUUUCAUUACACGUGGCCACAAGAGAAAGUAAGACACCCUACAAUCAGCUGAAAAAAUUCUGGACACGCCCCUGCUGAAUUGCACUCAUCACCUUUGAGUUUCUUAUAGGACCUUUGGUUUCUCUUUAGAUCAUCGCUUUCAUUUUAUUUCUCCCAUCUCAUUCUUCAGGAUCUACCUGAAAGAACAGGCCUCAGGAGAAGCUUUCUCCUUUCCAAAGUGAACAUGACUGAAAGCACAAUGUUCUUUAAGUGAAAAUACUAAAUAAAUGUCUUAACAAUAA